AUCAGCCAACUUCUUCUCGUCUGCAAUUUCUGAGAGAAAAGGUGCGAAAGAGUUGUGACCUGAUCGAAGAAGUUCCUUGCUUGGUAGUUGUAAUGGCUGUAGCUGGCAUCCAAAAAAUUUUAAUCAGUGAAAGCGUGGCUGCAUGCUGCAAGAAAAUCUUACAAGAAAAUGGAAUAAAGGUUGUCGAAAAGCAGAAUAUGACUAAAGAAGAACUGAUUGCAGAAAUAAAGGGUUAUGAUGGACUUGUAGUUCGCUCAGCAACCAAAGUUACAGCUGAUGUCAUAAAUGCCGCAGAGAGUCUCAAAGUAAUAGGCCGGGCAGGAACUGGUGUUGACAAUGUGGAUGUAGAUGCUGCUACGCGAAAAGGCAUUAUUGUCAUGAACACCCCGGCAGGUAAUACAGUUAGUGCUGCAGAGUUGACUUGUGGGAUGAUCGUGUGCCUUUCUAGGCAAAUCCCCCAGGCUGUAGCUUCUUUAAAGGCAGGCAAUUGGGACAGGAAAAAGUUCAUGGGUUCUGAGCUUAAUGAAAAAACACUUGGAAUAGUGGGCCUUGGAAGAAUUGGAAAAGAAGUUGCAAUAAGAAUGCAGUCUUUUGGAAUGAAGACAAUUGGGUAUGAUCCAAUCAUUCCUGCAGAUGUAACAGAAGCAUUUGGAGUUCCGCAGAUGCCCCUGGAACAGCUGUGGCCUCAUUGUGACUUCAUUACAGUUCAUACUCCAUUACUGCCAUCUACUACAGGACUGAUAAACGAUGAAACUUUUUCCAUAUGUAAGAAGGGAGUAAAGGUGGUCAACUGUGCUCGAGGAGGCAUAAUUGAUGAGGCUGCCUUACUCCGAGCCUUGGAAUCGGGACAGUGUGGAGGAGCAGCAUUGGAUGUUUUUGUUGAGGAACCACCAAAAAAUGUGGCUCUCAUUCAGCAUCCCAACAUGAUCUGCUGUCCACAUCUUGGUGCUAGCACUAGAGAAGCCCAGACUCGCUGUGGGGAAGAUAUUGCAGUCCAAAUUGUGGACAUGAUCAAGGGCAAGUCAUUAUUUGGAGCAGUUAAUGCUCAGGCACUUACUUGUACAUUAGCACCCGAAACAAAGCCUUGGAUUGCACUGGGAGAAGCACUAGGUGCAGUUACCAAAGCUUGCAUGGGAAAACUGAAUGGCCCAUUCCAUCUACAAGUAACAGGAGCAUCAUUGAAACAGGCUGGGGGUUAUUUGACUGCAGCUGUAAUUGUAGGGCUUCUGAAAGGAACAUCGCAGAGUAACAUAAAUCUUGUCAAUGCCAACAUGAUGGCAAAGGAAUCUGGCCUGAAUAUUAUUACAGAGCAUAAGGAUACAGUCAAUGAACAGGAUGGGAAAAGCACAGCUUGCAUCACAGUGGUGGCUUCUUCACAUCUAAUAUGUGGAUCUGUUCAUGGAGGUGUUCCUGUGCUUCUGGGAUUAAAUGGAUCUGCAUUUAAGCAACCAGUUUCUUUAUCUGGUAACUUGCUACUUUACAAGGCCUUGGUAGAUUCUUCUACUUUGACUUCAGUCAUUGAUAUAUUGAAAGCUGAUGGUGUUCAAAUUAAUUCGUUCAGUACCUCCUGUGAUACUGGUGAACGGUGGAGCAUCAUGGGAAUAUCUUCAUUAUUACGAGAUCUAACCAAGCUGAAACAGCAUGUUAUUGCUGCAGUACAGUUGGCACUGUAGCUGUUGUCAUGACACUUUGCAGAUGUUUUCAUAUAUACCUAGGGACCAGUGUUGCUGCUUGUCAUGUGUUUUUUAGGUCAUAUUUACAUUAACCUGUGCAGUACACAUAAAGAGAGUGCAUGUCUGACACACUGCUCCAUUUAGCUGGUUUGCAGCAAUAUCAUUGUUAAUUAGUUAACAUUUCCAUUCUUGUAGUUGUCCUGAAAUGUUCUAAUGUGAUUCUUCAAGUCUUGUAACAAACAAAAGAUGUUUACAAAAUAUGUAUAUAAAUAAACAGUUCUACAAACUUAAAAAAA